AUGUCCUCGCAAUCCUCCCAAACACGGCCAACGACCAUCAUCGCCGCCUCCGUGGCCGUCGCCGUGACCGGCUUCCUCGCAUACGCCAUCUACUUUGACCACCGCCGGCGCACUGAUAUCGAGUUCCGGAAAGCCCUGAAGCGCGAGUCCAAGAAGUCGCAGCGUGCCGCGAAGGAGGAGGCGGAGGCACAGGGCGCGCAGCAGAAGAAGGCUAUCAGAGCGGCUGUGGACAAGGCGAAUGAGGAGGGCUUCCCUAGGGAUCCCGAUGAGGUGGAGGGAUACUUCAUGCAGGAGGUUGCGCGGGGAGAGACAUUGUGCCAGGAUGGAUCCGAUCCUAUUGAGGCCGCUCUGUGCUUUUACCGAGCCCUGAAGGUGUACCCCCAGCCUAAGGAGCUCAUCAACAUCUACGACAAGACGGUGCCCAAGCCCAUCCUCGAUAUCCUCGCCGAGAUGAUUGCCGUCGACACAAGCAUCCCCGUCCGAGCAAGUUCCGUCAGGGCCGGUUCCGACAGAGGCUCUGACAGCGGCUCCGGCCUCGCUGUCGAUGAGUAG